CUUCCACCUCCAUUCUCGGAAAGCUGCGCACGCGCAUUAAGUUGCUCGUAGGCUUUUGCGACUGGUCAACCAAAAACGACGUUAUUCUAGCUUCUGGCCCCUUCCUACCCACUGCAGGCGCGGCAAUGGCUGGCGUACUGAAGAAGACUACUGGGCUUGUGGGGCUCGCUGUCUCCGAAGCUCCACAUGAUCGCUUGAGGAUAUUGUAUACAAAAAUUCUUGCAGCUCUGCAGAACAUUCCCAGAGAUGCCGCCUACAGGACUUACACAGAGAAAAUUGUAAAUGAGAGAUUUGAUCUAGUAAAAACAGAGCCUGAUGUGCAAAAACUAGAAAAUAAAAUAAACUGUGGACAGCUAGAAGAAGUGAUUUUGCAGGCUGAAAAUGAGCUCUCCCUUGCCCGGAAAAUGGUGCAGUGGCGGCCAUGGGAGCCUUUAGUUGAAGAACCUCCUGCUAAUCAGUGGAAGUGGCCAGUCUAGUCUGCACUAUUUCUAAUUUCUGAAAUAGAAAACUACUUCAUUAAAUGUAAUAUGGGUGUGGAUGAAAAAAAUCUUUAACUUAAAUACAAUUCUACGUCUAAUA